CUGCCAUAACGCGGCUAAGCUCAUCCAGCAGGAGCAUCCUAACACUCAGAUUUGACGCUAAAAUAAACCGUUGCACGUUUUGACCACAUUUUUUCUUCGUCUUGCCCUUUCCUCUCUCCUUCAUCUCCAAAGCCGCAUCCCGCGGGUGCACACGGAACCAGAAGCACCAUCAUCCUCUCCAGCCGACUGAGGCGAGGUCAUGUUGCACGGUUCCCAAAGUUCUGACCCAUCUUAAUACCGUGCCCGUCACUCCUUCUGCAACCCAAAGCUGAAAAGAUGUGAGCGAUGUUGCAAUAAACCUUGGGGGAAAGAAGAAGAAGAAAAAAAAAAAGUUGGAACGCUUUGCUGCUAUGGACACACGGCUCCACUGAUACUGAGACCGACCCAGCUUUUUUUGGACAUAGACGAUGGUGUUGUUUCUGAUCGGGAUCUCUGCAGCCAUCAACAUCUCAACUCAUGGCAACCAAACGGCAGGGAGCCCCACCCACCAGGGUGCUCACGUGCUGCCCUCCACACUGAUUUUAUCUCUUGUUCUCAUCUUUAUCAUCCUGCUGACCAUCUACUGCCUCAGGUUCAAGAACCACAGGAAAGCUCUGGUUACCUCUGUGGAUAAAAAGCUUCCAAAUGGCUUCCUGGAGGAACAAGGAGAGCAAAGAGUGGUCCUCCUCCCCAGAUCCCCCUCGCCCUCCAAGAGGUACUUUGCCAUCCCGCUGGACGCGCUGGAGGAGGAAUACCGCGUGCGCUCGGCCGACGACGGCAAGCUCUUCCGAGAGGAGUUCAACUCUCUGCCGUGUUACUACCACCACGGGUCCUUUGAGGAGGCCAGCAAGGAGCACAACAGAGACAAAAACAGAUACCCCAACAUUUUACCAUAUGACCAUUCGAGGGUGGUCCUGAGCAGUCACAACGGCCACUUGUGCUCAGACUACAUCAACGCAUCUUACAUAGACGGGUUUAGGCAAAAGAAGAAAUUCAUUGCUGCUCAAGGUCCCAAGUUGGAGACAGUAGCCGACUUCUGGCGGAUGAUUUGGGAGCAGAAGACGGCAACUAUCGUGAUGCUGACCAAUCUAAAAGAAAGGAAAGAGGACAAAUGCUUCCAGUAUUGGCCCGAAAAAGGCUGCUGGAUGUACGGCAACAUCAGGGUGGCCGCGGAGGACGUCACCGUUCUGGUGGACUACACCGUUCGCAGAUUCUGCAUUCAGUAUCAGGGCAGUGAUGGGCCCCGGGCCCCGUGCCUGGUCACUCAGCUCCAUUUUACCAGCUGGCCAGACUUCGGGGUGCCGUUCUCGCCCAUCGGCAUGCUGAAAUUCCUCAAGAAGGUCAAGGCUGUCAACCCGUCCUACGCCGGACCCAUUGUGGUGCACUGCAGCGCGGGGGUGGGGAGGACGGGCACCUUCAUUGUCAUUGACAGCAUGAUCGACAUGAUGCACACGGAGCAGAGGGUGGACGUCUUCGGCUUUGUGAGCAGAAUACGAGAGCAGCGCUGUCAACUCAUCCAAACCGAUAUGCAGUACUCCUUCAUCUACCAGGCCUUGUUGGAGUACUACCUAUACGGAGACACGGAGCUGGACGUGUGCUCUCUUGAGGGACAUCUGCACAGGCUUCACAACGCCAGGGCCCCCCAUGACAGACUGGGCCUGGAGGAGGAGUUCCGGAAGCUGACCAACGUGCGCAUAAUGAAGGAGAACAUGAGAACGGGGAACCUCCCAGCCAACAUGAAGAAGAACCGCGUGCUUCAGAUCAUCCCAUAUGAUUUCAACCGAGUCAUACUUUCAGUGAAACGAGGGCAGGAGUUCACCGACUACAUCAAUGCCUCCUUUAUUGACGGCUACAGGCAGAAGGACUAUUUCAUCGCAACCCAGGCCCCCCUGUCUCACACGGCGGAGGACUUCUGGAGGAUGGUGUGGGAGUGGAGGUGCCACUCGAUCGUUAUGCUGACUGAACUUAAGGAGAGGGAGCAGGAAAAGUGUUUCCAGUAUUGGCCAUCAGAGGGCAGUGUGACAUUUGGAGACUACACGGUGGAGCUGAGCGGAGACUCGCAGGGCGAAAUGUUCACUCUCAAAGACUUGGUCCUCACUUGCAGACCGGAGAACCGGUCCCAACACGUCCGACAUUUCCACUUCCACGGAUGGCCCGAGAUUGGAAUACCGGCGGAGGGCCGAGGGAUGAUUGACAUCAUCGCCUCGGUGCAGAGGCAGCAGCAGCAGUCUGGAAACCGUCCCAUCGUGGUGCACUGCAGUGCCGGCGCGGGCCGGACGGGGACUUUCAUCGCCCUCAGCAACAUUCUGGAGCGCGUGAAGGCGGAAGGCCUGCUGGACGUCUUCCAGACCGUCAAGAGUUUACGCACGCAGCGGCCGCAUAUGGUGCAGACCGUGGAGCAGUACGACUUCUGCUACCGAGUGGUGCAGGAUUUUGUUGACAUCUUCUCAGACUACGCCAACUUUAAAUAACCUGCUCCUUCUACCGUUUGCUUAACUUAUGCAAUUGACUUUUCUUUGGGGGGGGGUAUUGAAUGUACAUUUUCUAAAGUUUUACAUUUUGUAUCCUAUUGUAAUAUGGAAAAACAUGUCAUUUUUGCGGGAGCCUUUUAGUCUUUUAUUUUAUCUGAAAAUGUUCGCUCAGUAUGUUAUAAUAAGUAGAGUAACGUGAUGUUAAUACAAUGGUGCCUUGAGAUAGUGGCGACCCCGCAUGUGAGAGAAUAUGCUACCUUAAUGCUAAUGUAGUAGAAUGGCAAAAGCCGUAGACAGGCUAGCUCGUGUUCACACUUUAUGAAACUAUUUGAACACAGACAAUGCAGCAACACGUACGCAUAUAUUCUUUAUCCUCUGCGAGAAACUACAAGGGCAGUUUGUUUGUCUCUAUUGCAAGAUCGUAUUUUAAUGCCUCCUUGUGGCUAGAUGCGUUCAGCAGAAAGAUUCACAAGUAAAGAAUCAUGAUGUACCACCUUUUAAUUAUAUCUUUUUUUUUUUUUAUGAACUGCAAUAUUUUUAACGCUAUUUCGCUUCCUAACGGUGUUUUAAGUUACAGCAUGGUCACGUAACAAAAUUCAACUCGGAUCUCAAGGCACCUCUGUAUACAGAAUAUUUGAAUAUUGAAGAGAAUUCCUAUUCCUAUUAGGUGAGAUGUAGCUUUAUUCGUCGGUAUUGACUUCCUACCUAAAAUGCGUUGCGAUGGAAAUGCUUUGUCAACUCCUUCUGCUUUACUCUUUAUUGAACCGCAAUGCCUUUUCUUUAAACGCGUACGUAGAUUUGCAGCAAAUACGUUCAAAUGUGUUUGUAGGUCUCAUCCGGGACCUUCUUUCUAAUCCCCAACAAUGUAUCGUGCAUUCAACUCUGUCGCUAAAAGUCGGUCUCAAAUGAAUAAGUUAGCGUCGGCUGUCUGUUGUGGUUUGAUUCGACGUGGCCAACUGUCUUUUCUUGCCCGUGGCCAUGUUACUUAGUGCUCGGGUGCCUGACGCUGCAAAAUGCCAUUAACCCAUAUUGAAAAUAACGUCUAAUCACUCCCAGAAAAAACAUGUCAUUCAAACAUGUUUUUUCUCCUCCGGCUGCCAAGUAUCAUAUUCCGCUUUUUUUCACUUGAACACACUUGCCAUUUCCCCGACAUGCAUGUUUGAUUAGAGGCGCCGAAAACACACUUCUAAUCGUGAAAUAUUUGUCACCGAGUGACACGGUGUUUAGUUUUUAACGACGACCGGAUGACGUGUUGAACUUUCUCUGCUUUUAAAUCGGCAGUUUUAAUAGUUAAGCAAGCAUGUAGUAUGGAUGAUCUUUUCGGUGAAUAGUUUAGCGACUAUUAUGACGGAUGCGCUUGAUAUCGGACAAACAAGGGUUUUGCUCUUUGUACUAUCGCAUUUCUAGGCAAGUCAUUUUGUGUCUUGUGCUCGCCACUAAGCUUUAAGUUCUAUAUUUCGCCGUCUACAUAAUUGUAAUAGUUUGGAGGCCUUGUAAGCUGCUACAUUAAGAGAAAGUGGUUUCCAUGUAACUUUAUGCCUUUUUAGAGUCUCUUGUACGGAAGUUGAUUCUAAUAAAUAAUA